GUGUCCACCUGGCCGAGCUCGCCAUUGUGCCUCCAGUGUCGCCAUGCCUCCUUCAGCCCUCUCAAAGCUGCAGUCAGCUGUGACGCAGGUGAAGCAGGUCAACGUGCUGAAGUCAACACAAGUGGAGGACUCUCCAGCCAUCAAGGUAUGUGUUCGAGUCAGACCGUUCAUCAAAGAGGAGGUCGAGGGGCAACGUUCAGGCGGAGAAUGUAAGCUUUGCAUCGACAUGCCGUCUGAGACCCAGGUGCGCAUCCUGAACUUUGAUGACCCGGAUGAUGACUCGCGGGCCUUUGAAUUUGAUCGUUGCUAUUGGUCGCACAGCAAAGAUCAUCCGUUCUUUGCCACACAGGAGACCUUGCAAACCGAAUUGGGGGAGAUUAUGCUGGAACAUGCCAUGAAUGGUUUCAACAACUGCAUUUUUGCGUAUGGGCAAACGGGCAGUGGGAAGUCAUACAGUGUGCUUGGUGGCAAGGACGAGGAGCGAGGGCUUCUUCCACGAGUGGUAGAGGGGCUCUUCGAUCACUUUGCAAAGCUGCCACAGGGUGCCACUUACAAGACGCUUGUUGCCUUCAUGGAAAUCUACAAUGAGCAAAUCCGAGACUUGCUGGCACCGGCAGACUCCGAGAUCAAGAAGUUAGAAGUGAAGCAACAUCCAGUUCUUGGCACCAUCAUCCCAGGUCUCACAGAAGCCGCUGUAGCUUCCUGCGAAGAAGUCUUGAACCUGGUGGACUACGGCACCCAGAUGAGGCACGUUUCAGCCACAGCAAUGAAUGCCACCAGUAGUCGAAGUCACUGCAUCUUCACCUUUAAGACGUCACUCACAGAGCCGGAUCAGCCAUCCAAGGUCUCUCAGACGCACCUGGUGGACCUGGCGGGCUCCGAGCGGGCCGGCCGCACCAAAGCCACGGGAGAUCGGCUGAAGGAGGGUGCAGCCAUCAAUCAAUCAUUGUCGACACUUGCAAGGGUGAUCUCAGAGCUUGCGAAGUCUGCCAAGACGAAGAAGAAGCCGAAUCCUCCGUUCCGAGAAUCCAAGCUGACCUACAUCCUCAAAGAGUCUUUGUGCGGCAAUUCCAAGACCGUGAUGAUGGCUGCCAUUUCGCCCAACUUCACAGAUUAUGAUGAGACCCUUUCUACCUUGAAGUUUUCGCAGUCAGUCAAGCAAGUGCAGACCAAGGCUGUGCAGAAUGCGGUGAACAUGUCCUCAGUGGAGGCGCAGCUUCGAGCCGAGUUAAACGCACUGAAGUCACAGCUCCAGGCAAUUCAGGCGCGGUUGAUGCGUGGGGCACCGAAACUGCGUGAUGUUCAGUGGACAGAUCUAGAUUUGGUUCGCCUUUGGAGUUUUGGGGGAGAAUCAUUUUGGAUUCAAUCUCAGAGGUGGUUGCCGCCAGGUGUUCAGAUGGUGGGUGCGUAUCAGAGGGCCGUUGCGUUUUAGAGACACUUGAGAACCCGUCCUAUCGGUGGCUGGACAGAUGGGAGUUCGGCUGGUCCCGCUUGUGGGGUUCAGCUUUCGAGUAAAGGCUUAGAGAUGAGAAGGGUCCUCAUUCUUUGGCCCUGAGCCAAGCCUGGCUAAAUAUGGCUAUAUAAAUGUCAGCAUAAUGAGCGUUGUUGGAGGAGGUGCUUUUUUCUUACAUCUCAUAAUUAAUGUUGUUGGACUUGUUUUGAAAUGAGACCACGUGCCGUCCAUCAGUGCACAAAAUUCACAGCUAGGAUUUCCAACCCCGCAUUGAGCCUCG